GUGUUUCAGUUCUUGAACGCAAAAUGUGAGUCCGCGUUCCUGUCCAAGAGAAACCCCCGUCAAAUCAACUGGACUGUUCUGUACAGGCGCAAACACAAGAAGGGACAGUCAGAAGAGAUACAGAAGAAGCGCACGCGUCGUGCUGUGAAGUUUCAGAGAGCCAUCACUGGUGCAUCUUUAGCCGAGAUUAUGGCUAAACGAAAUCAGAAGCCCGAAGUACGAAAGGCGCAGAGGGAACAAGCUAUUAGGGCUGCAAAAGAAGCCAAGAAGGCUAAGCAGGCAACGAAGAAAACGGCUGUUUCUGCUGCAAAGGCUCCUACAAAGGCAGCACCUAAGCAGAAGAUUGUGAAACCAGUCAAGGUUUCUGCUCCCCGUGUUGGUGGAAAGCGUUAAGUUGCCAAACUGUUAGCCAUGCUGAAUAAACAUCUGACUAACUGU